AUGCCGGCAUUGCGCGAAAUGCAGGCGCUUGUAAUAUUCCUAUGCUAUUUCUCGGCUUUCACUGCGCUUGCGUUUCUCGAUCUCGAAGUCAACGCCUCUCAUCAAGCGACGAUCUCAAACAAUCAUGCUCCACCGCCUAACGAUCUCGGGAACGAAUCGACUCUAGACAAGGGCGCGAAACAGAUGUUGGCAGCCUCUGCUGCCGCUCUCCCAGUCGUACCGGUGGUCAUGUCUCCGAACGGGAACUCUCCUCCAAAAAAGGCUCGAGACUGCACUUCAAGUCUUUGCACUUUUGGCGAAACCGUUCUGAACACUGCCAAGAGGUUCGUCUACGUUCCGUUCCUGCGUCGCUUCGCGUGGGUUCUACACAACAUUCGACCUUCUCAGGGUGCGACUACCACAACAGAGGCUCCUCCAUCUGCAUCGAGGCCUACUCGCAGACCAGACUCGAUCCUCAUCCCGGAAUUAGAAGGCAAUAUCGAUAUCACCGGACCAGACGUCCACUUUCCUUUUCAUCAGCUGGAAAUCACACCUCCACCGAGUACCACGACGACCAAGCGUCCACCGCCGCAUAUCGCCGCCUAUCCGCCAUUCGCGGCAGUACCCACUACAUCGACGACGCAGGCGAGGCCUAUGGUGACUUAUAAACCACCGGUUCCAACCCGAUCACCCACGAAACGCGAAUCGUGCGUCGUAGAGCCUCCAUUCUGCCCGUCGUGCUUGUCGAAGCUCUCUCCAUCGGAGCCCUGGUUCCCGUAUCCUCCUCCCCUAUUCAUUCCGAAUGCUUGUUCUCGUUGUGGUACUCUGCAGGUGAUCCUAAAUCGGAUACCCGAUGAUAUUACGAUUUUCUCCGAUAUUCUCAAGCUCGCUUCCUUCGGAGAAAUUAUCGAUUUCAACGAACUCCUCUCCGAAUUCCAAGGGCAAAUCACGGUCCUGGCUCCGACGGACGCGGCUUUCGCCUACCUGCCGAUUUCGAUCGACGAUCUGAAACAGCGACUCGUUCGCAAUCCGAAGGACUUGCGCCGCUUCAUUCUGUACCAUUUACUUCCUGGUUUCGUGACAUCACGGGAUUUUAAGCUAGAAUCGUGGAUCGCAACAUGUCUGUUCGAGAAGAGCAUCUAUGUGAACGCUGACAGGGAAUUGAAUGGUGCGCGCAUCGUUGGGCGCGACAUAAGCUACAAAUACGGCUCCAUCCACACCCUGGGCAAGGUGCUCUACCCUGUCGCUGCGGAUAGCGUUCAAGUUUUUUUGGACUCGAAUCCCUUCCUCUCGGAAUUCGCUUCAUGGUAUAGGAAAUAUGCCAGACUACCCAAGAAAGAUAUGGUCACGGUUUUCGCGCCAACGAACGCAGCUUUCGAACGGAUCGCACCAUCGAUUCGGAAAAACUUGGCCAAGAACGAGGUUCUCAAAGCACGCACUGUUUUCAAGCAUGUUGUCUCGGGGCUAUGGUUCUCGUCGUCGAUGCCGACGAGUGGGACAGUCCUCACACCCAUGGACGGGGUGAGUGUAACUUGUAUGACGGUCAAGUUCGAAUACGAUGAUUCGAGUAAAAACAAGUUCAACCCAUCUCAAAGCGCAGACAAGAUCCUGACAUUCGGCUCUAGCCGGGUCAUUGCUUCGGAUCUUUUCGCAAUGAAUGGAGUGGUGCACAUCGUUGACAAAGUCAACACCGAUCAAUUGGAACUUUGCGGUUUUAGCUAG